AUGGUCCCCUGCUGGAACCAUGGCAACAUCACCCGCUCCAAGGCAGAGGAGCUGCUAUCCAGGACGGGCAAGGACGGGAGCUUCCUCGUGCGUGCCAGCGAGUCCAUCUCCCGGGCCUACGCGCUAUGUGUGCUGUACCGGAACUGUGUUUACACUUACAGGAUUCUGCCCAAUGAAGACGAUAAAUUCACUGUUCAGGCGUCCGAAGGCGUCCCCAUGAGAUUCUUCACCAAGCUGGACCAGCUCAUCGAGUUUUACAAGAAGGAAAACAUGGGUCUGGUGACCCACCUGCAGUAUCCUGUGCCCCUGGAGGAAGAGGACACUGGAGAUGAACCAGAAGAGGAGACAGAAGGGACCCUGUCUCCACCCGAGUUGCCACCCAGAAACAUCAUCCCGUUACCUUCGGGGCCAUGCGAGGCUAAGGAGGCCCCUGCUUCCGUGGAGAACCCUCGAGCGGCCGAGGUCAGCCGGCCAAGCCUCUCGGAGACGUUGUUCCAGCGACUGCAGACCAUGGACACCAGUGGGAUUCCAGAAGAGCAUCUGAAAGCCAUCCAAGAUUAUUUAAGCACUCAGCUCUCCCUGGACUCUGAUUUUGUGAAGUCGGGCUCCAGCAGUCUCCCUCACCUGAAGAAACUGACCACACUCCUCUGCAAGGAGCUGUAUGGAGAAGUCAUCCGGACCCUCCCUACCCUGGAAUCUCUGCAGAGGCUGUUUGACCAGCAGCUCUCCCCGGGCCUGCGUCCGCGGCCUCAGGUUCCUGGAGAGGCCAGUCCCAUCAACAUGGUGGCCAAGCUCAGUCAACUGACAAGUCUUCUGUCCUCUAUUGAAGACAAGGUCAAGGCCUUGCUGCACGAGGGUCCGGAGUCUCCCCACCGGCGCUCGCUCAUCCCGCCGGUCACCUUUGAGGUGAAGGCAGAAUCUCUGGGGAUUCCCCAGAAACUGCAGCUCAAAGUCGAUGUCGAGACUGGGAAACUGAUUAUUAAGAAGUCCAAGGACAGCUCUGAGGACAAGUUCUACACCCACAAGAAAAUCCUGCAGCUCAUCAAGUCUCAGAAGUUUCUCAACAAGUUGGUGAUCCUGGUGGAAACAGAGAAGGAGAAGACCCUGCGAAAGGAGUACGUUUUUGCUGACUCCAAAAAGAGAGAAGGCUUCUGCCAGCUCCUCCAGCAGAUGAAGAACAAGCACUCGGAGCAGCCAGAGCCCGACAUGAUCACCAUCUUCAUUGGCACCUGGAACAUGGGUAACGCCCCCCCUCCCAAGAAGAUCACGUCCUGGUUUCUCUCCAAGGGGCAGGGAAAGACGCGGGACGACUCAGCUGAUUACAUCCCCCAUGACAUCUACGUGAUCGGGACCCAGGAGGACCCCCUGGGAGAGAAGGAGUGGCUGGAGAUACUCAAACACUCCCUGCAAGAGAUCACCAGCAUGACCUUUAAAACAAUCGCCAUCCACACCCUCUGGAACAUCCGCAUCGUGGUGCUGGCCAAGCCAGAGCACGAGAACCGGAUCAGCCACAUCUGCACCGACAACGUGAAGACGGGCAUCGCCAACACACUGGGGAACAAGGGAGCCGUGGGGGUGUCGUUCAUGUUCAAUGGAACCUCCUUGGGAUUUGUUAACAGUCACCUGACUUCAGGAAGCGAAAAGAAACUCAGGCGAAACCAAAACUACAUGAAUAUUCUCCGGUUUCUGGCUCUGGGAGACAAGAAGUUGAGCUCUUUUAACAUCACUCACCGCUUCACCCACCUCUUCUGGCUCGGGGAUCUCAACUACCGCGUGGAGCUGCCCACCUGGGAGGCAGAAACCAUCAUUCAGAAGAUCAAGCAGCAGCAGUAUGCAGACCUCCUGUCCCACGACCAGCUGCUCAUGGAGAGGAAGGAGCAGAAGGUUUUCCUGCACUUUGAGGAGGAAGAAAUCACAUUUGCACCCACCUAUCGUUUUGAAAGAAUGACUCGGGACAAAUACGCCUACACUAAGCAGAAAGCCACAGGGAUGAAAUACAAUUUGCCUUCCUGGUGUGACCGAGUCCUCUGGAAGUCUUACCCGCUGGUGCAUGUGGUAUGUCAGUCCUACGGUGACACCAGUGACAUCAUGACCAGUGACCACAGCCCUGUUUUUGCCACAUUUGAGGCAGGAGUCACCUCCCAGUUUGUCUCCAAGAACGGCCCCGGGACUACCGACAGCCAAGGGCAGAUCGAGUUUCUCGGGUGCUACGCCACACUGAAGACCAAGUCCCAGACCAAAUUCUACCUGGAGUUCCACUCCAGCUGCUUGGAGAGUUUUGUCAAGAGUCAGGAAGGAGAAAACGAAGAAGGAAGCGAAGGGGAGUUGGUGGUGAAGUUUGGCGAGACCCUCCCGAAGCUGAAGCCCAUCAUCUCUGACCCCGAGUACCUGCUGGACCAGCAUAUCCUGAUCAGCAUCAAGUCCUCCGACAGCGACGAAUCCUAUGGCGAGGGCUGCAUUGCUCUUCGGUUAGAAGCCACGGAAACUCAGCUCCCCAUCUACACGCCUCUCACCCACCACGGAGAGAUGACGGGUCACUUCCGGGGGGACAUUAAGCUGCAGACCUCCCAGGGCAAGAUGAGAGAGAAGCUCUACGACUUUGUGAAGACGGAGCGGGAUGAAUCCAGUGGACCCAAGUCCCUGAAAAGCCUUACCAGCCAUGACCCCAUGAAGCAGUGGGAACCUGCCAACAGGGUCCCUCCAUGCAGUAGCUCCGGCAUCACAGAAAUCAUCAACCCCAGCUACAUGGGGGUGGGGGCCUUCGGGCACUUGAAGCAGACCCUGUCCCCCGACCAGCAGCCCACUGCCUGGAGCUAUGACCAGCCGCUCAAGGACCCCGCCCUGGGACCUGGAAGGGGAGACAGUCCCCCAACGCCACCCUCCCAACCACCCGUAUCACCCAAGAAGUUUACCUCGUCAACGGCAACCCGGGGCCCCUGCCUCAGGACGCAGGAGUCAAGGCCCGGCGAUGUGGCAAAGAGUGUAGGGGAACCUUUGCCUCCGGAGGAGCCGCAGCUGACCAAGCCCGAGAUGUUUGAGAACCCCCUGUAUGGGUCUGUGAGCGCAUUCCCGAAGCCAGCUCCCAGGAAAGAGCAGGAGUCCCCAAAGAUGCUGAGGAAGGAGCCCCCGCCCUGCCCGGACCCAGGAAUUGUGUCACCCAGCAUCCUGCUCUCCAAAGCCCAGGAAGCCGAGGGCGGCAAGGGGACCGGCAAACCGGCGCCCCCGCCCGCCCCCUUCCUCAGCCCCACGCCCCGGGUCCGCUCCUUCACCUGCUCCACCUCCGAGGGCCGCCCGCCGGGCGGGGACAAGAGCCAAGGGAAGCCCAAGGCCCCAGGCGGCUCGCAGGUCCCGGUGCCCGUGCCGGUCAAGAGGCCCAUCAAGCCUUCCAGGUCGGAACUCAGCCAGCCGCCCCUGCCCGCCCAGGGACAGCGGCCGCCCCUCCCGGUCAAGAGCCCGGCCGUCCUGCACCUGCAGCACUCCAAGGGCCGCGACUACCGCGACAACGCCGAGCUGCCCCACCAUGCCAAGCACCGGCCGGAGGACGCGCCGCUCAGUCGGACCGCCAUGCAGUGA